CUGCAGAUUACGUCAGUAGGAAAUGCCACUUUCAAAGGAUGUAUUGACCUUAGCUAUAGUAAACAGCUCUACCAAGACUUAAAGAAAAACCAGCCGUCAGUGAAUCUGGUCAAUUCCUUUCAUUUACAUUGUCUUGUUACCCCUUAUAACAUUGCUGACUCACUGGUGCCAGACUGGAAAACAUACUGAAAUCAGUAUUACAAGCUAACGGAAAUUGACCUGAAAACUGCUCAAACCAUAGGGGUACAUGUGAACUACCUCUGCUUGAGAGACGCUGGC